GUCACUUGCUUUUACAUUCCUUCACCGCCGUCCAAUCUCUGCAUCCUCCGACGGCGUCCUAGUAAUCUGCGACGAAGUAAUUCUGGCGGUAACAAUUAUAUGCUUUGCUUCUCCGGCGGACAAAAGAAACGAAUGAAAGGGAAAUGGUCAGUUGUUAUCUCAUAGCGACUGGUGCCUGCCUUCCAAUGGCGAACGCCUCAAUCUUCCGCGCAGAGCAUCGUAUGGCCCCAGAUCUCUCCCCCGACCGCUCGAUCUCCCGAGGCGGAGCCUCCUCUUCUCGCCGUCGCGAUCUCGUCUUCGUCGUCAAUCCUCGAGGUGCUAACGGGAGGACGGGUAAAGAGUGGAAGAAACUACUUCCAUUUCUCCAGUCUCGCCUCGGUACAGAUUGUAACAUAUGUGAAUCUCUUACCUCUGGGCCUUUUCAUGCAAUUGACAUAACAAGAGAGGCUAUACGGGAGGGUGCUGAUGCCGUGAUUUCUGUUGGAGGUGAUGGAACACUUCAUGAGGUUGUUAAUGGAUUCUUUUGGGAUGGGAAACCUGUUGCUAAUCAGAACAGAGAGGCUGCUCAUUCAACAGCACUUGGUCUGAUCCCCUUGGGCACUGGUUCAGAUUUUGCUCGAACUUUUGGUUGGAAAAAUGAUCCCUGUGAGGCCAUUGAGCGAAUUGCCACAGGGCUGAGAUCGCGGAUUGAUGUUGGUGUGAUUAAUAGAGAAGGGGAACAACCUCAUUACUACAUCAAUGUUGCUGAUAUUCAUUUGAGUGCAAAGGCAGGCUACUAUGCUUCAAAAUAUAAGAGAUUUGGAAAUUUGUGCUAUGUUAUUGGUGCUUUGCAAGCUUUUAUGGGGCACCAUAACCAGGAUCUUAGAAUCAAGGUCGAUGAAGGUGAGUGGGAAACAUUUCCUAAGGUGACAGCCUUAUGCAUUGGAAAUGCAAAGUACUUUGGUGGUGGCAUGAAGAUUACACCCAAUGCUGACCCUCGUAGUAGGGAUUUCGAGGUUGUGAUUCUUCAGGACUUCAAGUGGUAUGACUUUAUUCUAAAACUAAAUAAACUAUACAGUGGGACACAUUUGUCAGUUAAUAAUGUGACGGCAAGAAGGUAGGAACUCUUUCUUUAGGUGAUAUACUGUAUUUUUUCCUUGUUCAUUUAAGUAGUUAUUUUCUUUUCUCUUUUUGUCUUCUGAUCAUGCAUGAUAUAAAUUAAAAAGUUAGCUUGUCAUAAUUAUUGUUGUCAACAUUUGAGUAAUUUUGUAUAGAACUUGCAAAAAAAAAAAAGAAAAGGGGUACCAUAUCAAUCGGCUGUUUGUCCUCUUUCCCCUGGAAGUUACAUAAAUUAGCAUCAUGGUCUUGGUGUUGGUGGUCUGUGCCACAAAAUUGGAGCACAUAUAACCCUGUCAUUCAUGGGUCUCGAUAUCCUACUCUAAUGUAUUCAUGAUAAAUUUCCUCUUUAGCAGUCUCAUGUGAUGUUGUAAAGCAGGAGUGCAGGACUCCAUGUCUCAAUUUCAUGUCUAAAAGAAGUUAAACAAUGGUGCAUGAUAUCUAGUUGGCCUGCAAUCAUGAUUUAUUAUUGUUAAUAUUUUUUUGUUACAGGGUACACUCCAUUGAAGUGGAGGACAUUUCAGGCAGCGGUGACAUUUACGUUCAAUCUGAUGGGGAAUAUCUUGGCUUUCUCCCGAGGAAGUUUUGUAUUUUACCUGCAGCAAUUGAGAUGAUUUGCUGACAUGAGUCGUGCCAGAAAGCAGCUGAGGAUUCAAUAUGAUCCAUUGACCAGUCUUCCUGAAGAUGACGCAUUUCUUGCAAUCCAUGUUUCUCACUUCUCAACCGAUUACCGGCUGGGGCAAAAGCAGAGACAAAGCAACCAACAAAGCCAGACAGGGGCUGCAAAUUUUGACACUGGAUGAGGUUUAUCAAGGAGAGACCAGCAUUUGGUCGGUUGUUGUAGCUAAGAAAUGUUGCCAUCGUUUAGAAGAGGGCUCAACUUUUUUCUGUUCUGUAUCUGUUGUAUCUGUUGUUUGGUUGUUUCCUGCACAGCUCGAGAAGUACUUCUCAUUCUACAGGACAACACUGCAAGAUAAUUCAGGCCCUGCCUCUUGGCUA